GAGAAAAUGGCCAAAAUGGAGGUGAAGACAUCACUUUUAGACAACAUGAUAGGAGUGGGAGAUAUGGUUCUUUUAGAGCCACUUAAUGAAGACUCGUUCAUCAAUAACCUGAAAAAGCGCUUUGAUCACAGUGAAGUAUAUACGUACAUUGGCAGCGUGGUGAUAUCGAUAAACCCCUACAGACCUCUACCCAUUUAUACUCCAGAGAAAGUGGAAGAAUACAGAAACCGAAACUUUUACGAACUCAGUCCUCACAUCUUUGCUCUGUCAGAUGAAGCAUACAGAUCUUUAAGGGACCAGGACAAAGACCAGUGCAUCCUUAUUACAGGAGAGAGCGGAGCUGGAAAAACAG